AUGGAGACAGUGAUUGAUGAUAGGAAACUUGAGAGAAUUAAAGCUAGGUGUGGCUACGUAAGUGGGUUGUGUGUGAGUAGUAAUGGGAGGUCUGGGGGGAUGGCUUUCUGGUGGAAGGAUGUGAAUGUGCAUAUUAAGUCUUAUUUAAGUCACCAUUUUGACUCGGAGAUAGCGGGUCCGUCGGAGAAGGAAGGAGGCGCUUCUAGGGGGGGAGACAGAUGGAUGCAUUUAGGGAGGCUAUGGCAGAGAGGCACCUCUACUACUACGGUGGUACGAGAACGGCUAGAUCGGUUUCUUGCUAACGAAGGAUGGUAUAACCUAUUUCCUAAUGCAGCUAUUAUUCAUCUAGCUCGAUACCGGUCGGAUCAUGCGCCAUUGUUACUAAAGUCUGAUUAUGUGCGGGGUAGACAAAAUGAUGACCGACUCUUCAAAUUUGAGUCGUACUGGCUUUCCAAAGACGAGUGUAGAGAUGUGGUGGCUGCUUCUUGGCAUGAACAUAUAAGGGAGGCAGAAAAAGAAUUAAAGGAGCUACAAAAUAAGUUUUCAGAUGCUAGUGUAAUGGAUAAAUGCAAUGUGAUUAGCGAGAGAGCUAACGAGCUUCGUGAUGGAGAUAAAAAUACAAAGUAUUUUCAUUACAAAGCUAGUCAAUGGAAAAGAAGGAAUUACAUUAAUGGCUUACAUGAUAAUAAUGGCAUAUGGAAAACUGAGAAGGAGGAGGUGCAAAAUAUUGUUACGGAGUACUUUGAUGGCCUAUUUGCAUCUGAUUCUCCUAACGGUUUCGAGGAUGCUUUGGCUGGGAUUGUGGGUCUUGUCACAGAAGAGAUGAAUGAUGUUCUCGAUACGGAGCCGACGGUGGACGAAAUUCGAGAGGCACUAUUUCAGAUGCACCCAAAUAAAGCUCCGGGACCGGAUGGUAUGCAUGCCCUUUUUUUUCAAAAGUUCUGGAAUAUUAUUGGUAGUGAUAUUGUGGAUUUUGUGAAAGGUUGGUGGAGAGGUAAUGUUGAUAUGGAGGCAAUAAAUAGAACCUAUAUUGUACUUAUUCCAAAGUACAAUGACCCAAAAAUGAUGAGCGAGUUUCGUCCAAUUAGUCUGUGUAAUGUGCUCUAUAAAAUCAUCUUAAAAACUCUGGCUAAUAAGUUGAAACCUUUUUUGGAUUCAAUUAUUUCUACUAACCAAAGUGCAUUUGUUCCGAAGAGAUUUAUUACAGACAAUGCUCUAGUGGCCUUUGAAAUAUUCCAUGCUAUGAAGAGACGAGGUGAAGGAAAAGAUGGUACAAUAGCACUUAAACUCGAUAUGAGUAAAGCAUAUGACAGAGUGGAAUGGUCUUUCUUUGAGAGAGUUAUGUUCAGAAUGGGGUUUAGUGGAGGAUGGGUAAGGAGAAUUAUGGGUUGCUUAUCGAGUGUUUCUUUCUCAUUCAAAAUUAAUGGACAAAUCACUGGCUCGGUUGUUCUGACUAGGGGCUUGCGUCAAGGUGAUCCUAUCUCUCCAUAUUUAUUUCUUCUUUGUGCUGACGCUUUCUCUACCUUGAUUUCGAAAGAAGCUAGAGAAAAUGUGAUUCAUGGUGCAAAAAUCUGUAGAGGUGCACCGAGAGUGUCCCAUUUGUUUUUCGCCGACGACAGUAUACUAUUUGCAAGAGCCCAUUUGCAAGAAUGCUCUAAGGUUGCUGAUAUUAUCAGUAUUUAUGAGAGAGCUUCUGGACAAAAAGUUAAUUUAAGCAAGACUGGAGUGGCUUUUAGUAAAUGUGUUGAUGUUGCUCGAAGAAAGGCGAUCGUGGAUACAUUAGGCGUACGCGAAGUUGUAAAGCACAAAAAGUACCUAGGCCUACCUACUAUAAUCGGAAGAUCAAAAAAGGCGGUGUUUGCGAGGCUAAAGGAGAGAAUGUGGAAGAAGUUGAAUGGAUGGAAGGAGAAGUUGUUGUCCCGUCCCGGUAAGGAGAUCUUAAUCAAAGCAGUCGCGCAAGCCAUCCCUACUUACAUGAUGAGUGUCUUCAAGAUCCCAGAUGGGUUGUUAGAGGAGCUACAUGCUCUCAUUGCAAAAUUUUGGUGGGGGUCGACGGAUACAACCAGAAAGAUACAUUGGCACAACUGGGAGUCGAUGUGUUUAUCUAAGUCUAUGGGAGGUUUGGGGUUCUGGGAUCUUAAAUGUUUUAACCAAGCUCUCCUAGCUAAACAAGCAUGGCGACUUCUUAAUGAUACGAGCUCCCUACUACAUUCCGUACUUAAAGCUAUAUACUAUAAGAAUGAUGAUUUUAUUGACGCUCGACGUGGGUACGACCCAAGUUACACUUGGAGGAGCAUAUGGGGGUCAAAGUCUCUCCUUCUGGAUGGUCUGAAAUGGCGGGUGGGUAAUGGCUCUAGUAUUGGUGUUUGGGAUGAUGCCUGGCUGCCAGGAAAUAACGCUGCCCUUGUUCCUACACCUAACCUUAACUUUGAUAAUAAUAUGAAGGUGGAAGACCUUAUAGAUGUGAAUGUGGGGAGUUGGGAUGAGAGUUUUGUCACGGAGGUAUUUAAUGAAGAGGAGAGUGCCUUAAUUCUUGAUAUACCAAUUUCGGAGCAUCUACCUACAGACCAACGCUUUUGGUGGCCUUGUAAGUACGGUAUCUAUUCGGUAAAAUCAGGAUAUUGGUUGGCUACACUUGGGCAUAAUCGAGCAUGGACUACAUUGUACGGCCCAAGGGAGGAGAAUUUAUGGUGCCAGGUUUGGGACUUAACAGGACCUCCAAAGCUCCGACACUUUAUUUGGAGAGCAUGCAAGGGUAGUCUUGCGGUACAAGAGCGCCUACACUAUCGUCAUGUGGUAGAUUUAAGUGUAUGUCAGGUAUGUGGUGAGGCUAGUGAGACAAUUAUCCACUCUUUGUUUGAUUGUAAAGCUGCACAUGACAUUUGGGCUCAAAGUCCUUUCUUGGGUCUUCUCCUUGAGGCACCUGUGGUGUCUUUUGCAUCUAGAUUUGAAUGGGUAGCUGGUCGUAUCAAUAAGAGCGAGCUUCGCUUGUUUUGUACGCUGGCAUGGGCUGCUUGGUACUGUAGGAAUGCAAAGGUACAAAUAAAUGAGAACAUUAACCCCGUGCAACUGGCUAAUAGCUUUACAAGAGUAGUAGAUAAUUUCAUUGAAUAUGCCCAUUUGGUUUUUAAACCAACCAUUACCAUGUCACAUGUUGGGGCUGCUGGAUGGAUGCCUCCCAUUACUGGAUGCAUCAAAGUUAAUACAGAUGCUCAUAUUAUGGAGGGUGGUGGAGUGGGUCUGGGGGUGGUCUUGCGGGACGAGUUUGGGAAGCUUAUGGCAGCAGGUGUGAGGAGGUUAAAAGCAAGAUGGGAGGUGGAACAAGGAGAGGUAGCAGCGGUAAAAUUUAGAAUGCAGUUGGCUAGAAGACUGGGCUUUUCCAAGGUCGUGUGCGAUGCGGUAAAUGUAGUUCGCUCGAUAAAUAUGGGUAUAAUUGGUUUCUCUCCCUUGCUACUGUUUUAUGAAGAUAUAGCUAGGAUGAAAGUUAAUUUCGAUUCGUUUACUUGUAACCAUGUUCGUAGAGCGGGAAAUACGUUGGCUCAUCUUGUCGCGAGAUGGAGUACUAACGCUGCAAUAGCAGACAGAAGAGAGAGCUCCCCAGCAAGAACAGAAGCAGCUACAAUUUUUGCCAAAACCCUUGAAUUCUCUCCUUCUUUAUGCUUGUUUGCCCCUUUCACUCCUAGUAGGUUUAAACAUGCUGCUUGUGAUGCUAGUUCGGUCCCUCCUUCCAAUGUGCCCACCUGA